AUGGCGAAGCUCUUGCCUCCUCUCCUUUGCCUUCUUCGAUCUUUCCAGCGACCGCGAGGCUGCACCCUUUCUCUGGACUUUCUUGGAAAUGCAUGGAUGGCAAUUUCCAACGUCUACUGUCCCUUCUGUGGAGUUAUCCUACUCCAGGAUCCCUAUCCCGAAGCGGACCCACGCCGCACUCGUCCCUGGUACGCAGAGAUCCGCGGGCUGGUCAUGAUGGAGAGCAUCUCUCUCACGGGGCUAGGUCUUAUCAGCGGACGAAACAUCCUGGUUGCCCCGGUUGAUAGUGAACUCUCGUACACAGAUACCGAGGCGCUGGAGCAAUGGGGACUGUCAACUACCUCUCGAGGAUCCUGGGCUUUCGGGUUCCACAACUCUUGCUGGCGACUAUUGCGCACCAGGCUCGGUUCUCAGCAUAGUGAACCUGCCGUUGCUGCGUCUGUGUUCUCUCAGCUUUUCUGCACCCCUUGUCGGAAUUCCUCUGCAUUCGAUCUCGGUCAUGACUACGACGGAGCCAGUCACACCCAUAAGAUAGCUGGGCGCCCAAAACCAGUCGACUUGGACUCACAUCUCUACGCUGAUCCCUAUGUUUUCCUCUCUCUCGAUGACUUGGAAGCCGCCGCGCCUUUGGAUAUCGCCGCAUGGAAUCGUCAGCGAGAUGGAUGCACCCCGCAACUCUUUGGCUCGUUCUCACUAGAAAUCAAGCACGAGAUAUUAUCAUAUAUGUCUACCAAAGAGCUUGCCACGCUAAGGCUUGUGUCUCGAGAACUGGCUAACCUGGCGGCUGUUGGUAGCCUUCCGCAGUCGUUCUGGCGAAGCAGGUUCCUUGUUGGCCAGGAGGCCGACUUUCUUUUCCCGAAUCUCCGCGAUAAGCGAGACUGGUGCCGCCUGUUUUGGGGGACUAGGGCUUGCGUACGAAACCAGGGGAGCCUAUCUUUGAUUAAUAGAAGGAGAGUUCGGAAACUUAUAGAGCCCUUCGCUGCCAUUGUGGAGCUGGACUCGCGUUCACCAACCACUCUAUCCGGCUCAACUCUCCGUUUGGCGCAGGGUCAAACGGAUUGCUUUCAACUAUCCGAGUCUUCGAGCAUCGACGGCCCACCUAAACUGCUACAGGAAAUUGACUCAUUCUCAGGCCAACUCGCCUCUGUGGAUGCGGCCGAGCCACUUGUCGAUGGAUGUCGUACGAUCCAUCGCAGAGCGCAACUUCCUCAACAUUCCUUUGGUAAAGAACACCGAUACAUAGCAAUUACAACCCGCACAAUUGGCGCAAGGACUUUUGUGUCCGGAAUUGGUUUCUUUCCCUCAUAUCGACUGGGGAAGGGUUCUCGCAUACUUGGAUUCCACGAUCCUGCCACCGCAGAGUGGAUCGCAGUACCAUGCGGCUCUUCCCUGUCAGCGCUUGGGGUAGCGUUUUGCUCGCAGGGCCUUACGGGAGUGAAGUUCACAUUUACAACCUCGGAGUCGUCUAACUGGGUUGGCGUCAUUAAUGGACCGGGAGUUGCGCAAGGCAGUCUCGCUGUCCGAGGCGGAGAAGCACAAUUUUACUUAACAGCUGGAUUGGAUCUGCUGAAAAUGGUCUCGCUUGGGGUCGGCCAACUUCUUGAGGGCCCUUCCGACGUCUUCCCUGGUACCAUCACUUCGCCAGCACAAAGGCAUUUGUGGAUGCCCUGUCCGCCCCUCUACGAAAAACUAAAGAUUAGCACUCUUCAACCACGCCAGGGAAGUCUACCAUUCGAACCUCUUCACAACAUCGACUUUGGCGGCCCUGGUGGCACGCUUCUACCUUCUCUAACAAGGCUUGUGUUUCACAUGGAAUCGCAGCCAAAUCCGCUUGUUGGAAUAGAGAUAAUCUACAAUGAAGGCCACUCUGUUCUUUACGGUCGGAAAAUUGGCUGCGCAUUGUCCUUUCUGAUCGACAGUGUGAACGGCGAACGUAUCGAUCAGGUUGGUACACUGGGGUGGUCCGAGAACAGUUUCUCGUGGCCGGGCGAAGAAAGCCGGACUCUCUCUCUUGGUCUUUGCGGCUUACAGAUCACAACGGAUAUCGGCCGCACGUUCACCGUCGCUCCAAUCUCAUCGACAUUAAAGAUCAGUGUCGAUUCAAUACAAACUGCCGAGCCUAAGCACGUUAUCACUGGUCUUGUUGCCCUCCAAAAGGAGCCAAGGGACCCUUUCACCAAACUAGGUGUCCAAAAUCAACCAUCCUCGGAACCUCUCGACCAAAUUGUACAGAGACCAACCGAAUCAUCCCAUGUUGCCUUGGAAAGGCAUCUCGAUUCCGACAAGGAGUUCUCGAGGUAUAUAAGCUGUCCAAGAUCGUCUGCUAACUACCAGACCUGGGCCACAUUGAAGAACGUACGGAGGAUCGAGGUCUCAAUCGGAAUAGAAGGCUCAUCCAGAUCCCCGAAUUGCAUUUCCGGUUUGAAGUUUGUUUACGACAAAGGUGCACCCGCGAUAGUCGGACAAUGGAUGGAUGCGCACGAGCAGGGUGUUUUCGAGCUUUCUCCCUAUGAGACAGUCUCCUCACUCACCGUUUGGGUAAACCUCAUGGCCCAAUCGGCGGAAUAUCCUACUCUACGACUAGGCCGCGUCAAGGCAGUCCGCAUCACGACAACUGGCGGUCACAAAGUGUUAUUUCAUCCGGCUGCAGCUGGCCCGAUUUCGAUAAGAGAUAUGCAACACCAGUACGGAGGCGGCUUUGGUGAAGAAAUUGUCAGUAUCCCUUUCUUCCUUCAUACAGGUGGCCUUCUGACAUUUCAGCAGACUGAUAUCCAAUGGAUCCUAAACUCCUCAUAUGACCGAGUCCGCGCAAUUGUGUCCCAGUCCGACAUAGCCGUUGGGCCUGUCGUACUGGUACGGGCUUUGUAUCCUCCCUACGAUGAAGUGCAGAAACUGUAUUUUCAAAGGCCCUGCAACGAUGGUUCCAAGGACCAAGUCGUCUGUGCUGAGGCGCGCUUUAACCAAGGAGCACUGCUUGGACUCACGUUCACCUACAAAUCCGGUGCGAAAGCACAGAUCGGCGAUUCUGAUAUUGUCCCCGGGGGCAGUCGUCAGAUGCUUGAUUUUCCGGAGCAUGGCCGGGUUGUUGGCAUGGACGUUGGUGUAAGGGAAGGGGAUAUCCACUACCUACAGUUUGAGAUCGAGGCAAAUCCCCACGAGCACACAAGAACAGCAUCAGAAGUCAAUAUAGCCGUUCGAUACCAAACUCUGAGCGUUAGAAUAACACCAUCAGCCGAGCAGGACGGCCCCGAUCUUCAGAAUCAGCACUUUGAUUGGCGAGGGACAUGGUGCAAAGACGAGGCCCAGGCGAGAAGAUGCACAGCACGACCAGGGAAGCACUUUGUCUAUGCGCCGCCGAGUCCGCGCUCGAAGAUGCUGGGGCUGUAUGUUGGGUGCCAGGAUCUUUCCUCCGUCGGUGCAGUGUAUCAGCUUGAAGACGGGGUCGGGGUGUGA